AUUGAUAAACAUAAAAAAAAAAACAUAUAUUUAUCAUUCCAGCAUUUAAGCAUUUCAGUUUCAGUUUAUCAUUGUUGAGUUUAUCGUCGCUCCCAUAUAAUAGCAAUGGAAAUUCGAAUUUUGCUACUUUUCUUGUUAACCAUUCUUACUGUUGAUGUAAUCGCAUUUGGGAAGCUUGGAUCUUCGCGAAGCUCACGAGGUUUCUGGCGAAGUUCGUCACGGGGUUCAUCAUCACGAGGUUCAUCACGAGGUUCAUCGCAUUCCAGGAGCAGUCCAUCGCAUUCCAGGAGCAGUCCAUCGCAUUUUGGAAGUUCCAGCUCGACAGGAACUUCAUCAAGUCAAACUGUGCAUCAUCAGAAUAAAGACACGUCCACAUCUAUCUUACAUGCUGAACGAGGACAUGCUACUAGAACUUCUCCAACAAAUACACGUCCAUCUAGUCAACCAUCAGCACCAUAUGGCAAUGCAGGACCCCCUCCUGGAAGUCAAGUAGGAAAACCAGAUUUUACAACAGAGGACAAACAAAAAGCUGUACCGUAUAAUCCAUCGGCACCGUAUAAUCCAUCAGCACCGUAUAAUCCAUCAGCACCGUAUAAUCCAUCAGCACCGUAUAAUCCAUCAGCACCGUAUAAGCCAUCAGCACCAUAUAAUCCAUCAGCUCCAUCAACUGAUCAUUUAUCAAAAGCUAGUGUGGUACCUUCCCAAAGUCAUGUUCCGACUUCUUUUGGCCAACCAAAUGCGCCCUACAAUCCGUCGCAGGGAACACAAAACAACCCAUCAUGGAGCAACCCACACUUCAAUCCAAAUCAACCGACUCCUAACAUCGGAUUCAAGGAUCAUCUACGUCCAAAUGCAAUGCCCGGUUCUUCGUAUACCCCUCCCUCGCCUUAUCCACGCCCAAAUUAUCCCAUUCCUGGUUCCAAUCAGCAUUCUCCUCCUUAUUCAAUUCAUCCUUCCGGUCAUUCCAUGAAUCAACCUUACUCUCCAUACAAUCCCAGCCAUUCCGUUCCCAGUCAAACAAUCGGACAUCCUUCUAGUUACCCGGCGCACAUUCCACCACCCGUACCGGGUACGUUUGGAAACCCUUACUCUACGCAUCCGGUUGGCGGAACGUACGGCCCAACCGGUCAUAGCUAUCCUCAACAACACGUCAUGGCACAACCGGCGGCGCAACCGUACAUACCUGGACAAACCGUUAUAAUGGUUCCUGGUCAACAAGAUAGCGGUAGAGGUUUCGGCCAGAUGGUGAAAGAGGCACUCGUGUUCUCCACUAUUAACGCUGGUGUGAAUAGGCUAAUAAAUCCGUAUCCUCAUCAUGUAUCUAAUAGCAGGCCAGCGGACACUAGUAGCUCUCCGAGCGAGACGCACGUAACUUACAAUAAUAAUUACUAUUAUCCUCCGGGAAGUCCUCCUUCGGCAUCAACUUCAUCGAACGUACCUCAAGGAAAUGUCCCAGUUACGCAUCCAGGCAAUUAUCCAGCGCCGGUGAACAAUCCGGCAAUUACUCCGGGUGUAUCAAUCCCUACGAUUGUCGGGAACAACAGCAGCGUAACAUCUCCAACUAGCAAUGGCUCUUCCGUGAAUACUAACUAUAUGGGAGGUUCUUCUAAUGGAUUUUCAGCUGGUAACAGUACAGCUGGUACAGUAAAUGAUCAAAGAGGACCCGAUCAAGGAACAACCGUUUAUUCUCCUCAGUAUAAAAUAUCGGAUAAUGAUCUGUCGACGUUGACUGAAGAGUUAUUCGCGAAACAAGAUUUCAAUGUAUCCAAAUAUUUGACAUUACAUCUUCAGAGUAAAUCCGAGAAUGUAACUGAUGCAGCUAUAUUAUCAUUAAUUGACGUGCAUCCAGAGCUCUACGAUUACCCGACAGUUUCAGUUAUUCGAGCGCUCUACGACAAUUACGAACACAAUUCCAGCGUGAAGGAGAAUCGGACGCUUGAAAAACGAAAGAAGGAGGAUCUUCUGUUAAAUGUGUUUUUGAACACGAAUAUAUUGACUAGAGCUAUGCAAUGGCUAUCAGAUCGAGGUUUCAUCGAUCCAGAUGACUUCGAAAAAAAGGAUACUUUGCGGAACAUUUGGUUUAGUCAAUUCAAUGGUGCGACUUCAGGUUUUGAACGAGUAUUCAUAUCUGAAAGAUACGGCGUGGAUCUUCUUGGUGUGCAAGACUGGCUCUACUUCAAUUAUCAAGAAUCGAAGGGACGUAUUGAUUAUAUGGGAUAUGUCGAUAUCUUGAAACUCGACAAUAAAGCCUCGUUAUUGAAAUUAAACUUUAAAAUGGAUGAUAUUAUCAGACCGAAUGCGACGAUAUUCGUUGGCACUCUUCCCGAGCUCGAAAUGUCCUUAUACACUAUAUGUUUUUACGCCAGACCGAAUGAUCUAUGUCCCGUUUCUCUUGGCGGAACUAAGUUCAAUAUUUUCACGCAUUCGUUCAGAUAUUAUGGGAGAGACCUCAUAGAUCUUGCGCUCCCAAUUUUCUAAUUCUACAUCGUAUAAAUAAACGCCAACGUGGUGAUUUAAAUUUUUUAUCAAACUAUAUAUAACUAUAAUACAACACAUAUAUAUACACAAGUGUAAGAUAUAUAUAUAUAUAUCAAACUACAUAUAAUACACAAGUGCAUUAUAUAGUUUGAUAAUUUAUAUUAUCACGU